AUGUCCAAUGUCCUGCUUGCUCGAAAAUCUUCUGGGUGGGUCUUGUCGCCUCCAGCUCGGCCUCGAAACGCUCCUGCAGCUGCAGCUUCGCUUCCACGUCACUUUUGCUCCCAAACUACAUCACAAACUGAUUUUUCAACUCCAUCACCAACCAGUCGCUUGUUCAGAAGUAAAGCCUGCCAUCACGGUUGCAUCGCAAGCAUGUCGACAUAUUUUCACAGCUCACUCUACGCCUUCAGCGAACAGGCCCGAGAGAGAAUCUGGCAAGAGUUCGUCACCACAGUCCGCGAUGUUCCCGUCGACUGCUGCUACAACGCCGACACCGACACCUUCGAGAUCAGAUGUCCCUCAAUGAAAGGACCGGACGCCAACGAAGUCCUUUCCCAGAUUAUCAAGCGCCGUAUAGACGAGUACGAAGAGGCCGAAGAGCAAAGUGGCGACAACGACGAUCUCAUUCGAUUCGCCGAUAGCAAAUUCGAUGCUCUUGACAACUUUGUCGAGAGCAAUCCAGACCACCCCAGGCAAUCACGACCUUCUGAAGCCCGCCCAGUCGCCCGCAGCCACAUUAUUAUCGCCAAUGUAGAGCUGCUGAAGGUCUUUCGACUGCGUGACUUGGACGAGUUUGGCCUUCUGGAGCGCACUUUGGCUCCUGUCACCAAGAAGAUGGAGAGCCUCCGCUCGGUAUGCUUCGACGCCAAUGAUGGUCACGUCUUCAAUGGCCGUACUGGUAAGAACAAGCUGAUUACCAACGGCAGUCCAGUACAAGGCGCACCAUUACAGCUGCCCGCGUUCGGGACACUUAGCGACGACCGGAUGAUGAGCAACGAGCCAGCUGAGAGCAUCGCGGGCGAUCAAUGGCAGAUGGAGGACGCUGGCGAGAAUGUCAGUGUGAACAAGUGGCUCCAAGGCGUUGGAAGAACGAUGGACUCUCAGAUCAAUCCAUUCGUGGAGAGACCAGACGUGCCGAAGGACACCAAGCAGAUGCUGGCCAAAGAGCAGACCCAUGCCACUAGUCGAGCAAGAGUUCCAAAGGGCGCCAAUGUCGUUUCCAGCGACCUCGACGAUUCUGACGAAGAAGAGGACGAGUCGCCUGUUGCUGACUUCAGUGACUUCCUGGCCUCAAAUCGUCCCGCCCAAGCCGCGCAGGCCAGUCAGGAGUCGGAUGAUAAUAAUAGUGAGGCGAGCGACAAGACUGAGACGGGCCCAUCUUUCGCAUCUCUGCUUCCUGGUGGCAAAGUUAGUCCUCGAAAGCGGCGCGAUUCUGGAGACUGGAGUGCUGUUAUCCAGCAGCCCAGUCAGGCUGGGUCAGCGCAGAGCUUUCGUUUGCAAAAUUUGCAGCAAGCUAGCCCCCUCAAGGCCUCUCCGAUAAUCGAUGGCCAGUGGGGCGACUAUGGCGGCAGGUACGCCGCUCGUGACAAGAUUGGCCUUAAAGGCAACGCAGAUGCCAUCGUGGACUGGGACAGGGACAAUUAUCAGCCAGACCAGGAUCAGGUGCAGCGGCAUGCGCGGAGGAAGCCAUUAGCAAUUCGUGGUGCGACACCUUCGGUAGCCUCGACACCGGUCAGCAUCAGUGGAGAGUCCAGAGAGACCGGACGAGGUACGGCAGCAUGGAGCGCGCACUCGACUUCAGCAUCGAUGUCAGAGGCAUCCUCGACUGUGGCUACCAAGCCCAUCAGACGCUAUGCGGACUGGGAUCCCAGUGAAGCAGAAUGGAAGAAUGUGGCUACACCCGCAACGACAAACGCCGACCCAAAGAUCAAGCUUAUCGACGAUAGAGCAGUCCCGUCCUCCACGCCGAUGAAGCCGCCACCUGGCUAUCUCCACCAAAAGCCCACUGCGCAGGUGCGUGUGACGAAUCCAGACUCGAGUGGCAGACUCGUCGACUUCGAAGAGAAUAUCAUGGAUAAGGAGUGGGAAAAUGUGAGGCCCUCGGUGUUCAAGACGACUUCACGCUCUCGUGCUACUCUCGCUCCGACUCGAGCCUCGACCAACGGCACUUAUGCGUCGACUGCAGCAGUGCAUGAAGUUGCUCCGAACCCGAGCAGCGCAAGUGAUCUGCCCCCUCCUCGAAAACUCCAGCUUCCUAGCGACUACACACGCCGCAUCACGACUAAGUCGAAGAACUGCGUCUUAAACGCGAGCAGUGCAAGUAAUCUCCAUCCUCCUCAAAAGCUUCAGCUUCCCGCCGCACCACGACCAAACCCAAGAACGGAAAAAGUCACCAGUGUCCGAGAGAAAGAGAAAGUGAGAAAGCCAGCUCGUUUCUUUCUGUUUUGUUCAUACCUCUUCAAGAUUCUACGAUCUACGCAGAGUAAUGGUAGUCGAGAAAAUGGAAAGCCCAUACCAUAUGUCAGGAUGCCUGAUGUGAAUUUCGUGCUUCAGCCUGUUGAUCUGAGAGCCUUUCCAGUCUCGAAGUUCAUUCCAUUCCGGUUCCUGUAUAUCCCAAUUCCCAUCCUAAAGAAGCAGCAGCAGCAGCAAGUUUCAUGA